AUGGAUCCCAGCUUUGUGCAAGGCUUGCACAGUCUCCUUGUCCAGUCAACCUCAAAUGAUACAGUUCAGCUCAAGGCGGCCACCGCCCAGUUGAACCGGGAGUACUACAAAAAUCCAGCAUGCAUCCCUGCGCUGACGAGCAUCAUUGCGAGCUCGCCCGACCAAGCGGUCCGUCAACUGGCGGCAGUCGAAAUGCGCAAGCGUGUCAGCCAGAGCAGUGGGGAUCAGUGGCUGCAGCUCCCGCAGGACGAGCGGGAACAGAUCAAAGCUAAGCUGCCUGAACUGGUCGUCUCCGAGCAGAGUAACCUCGUUCGCCAUUCUACUGCGCGUGUGAUUGCAGCCAUCGCCUACAUCGAGCUGCCGAUGAACAGCUGGAACCAGCUGUUACCGUUCCUCGAGCAGACAUGCCAAUCACCGACGGCCAUACACCGUGAAGUCGGUGUCUAUAUCCUGUACACGGUUCUGGAAACGAUUGUGGAGGGAUUCGAAAACCACCUGCCGAGCUUCUUCAAGCUGUUUGCAGUGCUCCUGAACGAUCCCGAGAGCGCAGAAGUCAGGAUUACUACCGUCAGAGCGCUCGGUGUGAUUGCGCAGUACAUUGACUCGGACGACAAACAGGCCAUUAAACAAUUCCAAGAUCUGCUCCCUGGCAUGAUUACCACGAUUGGCCAAUGCGUUGAGGCUGGCAACGAGACGGGCGCGCGUCAGUUGUUUGAUGUCCUGGAGACGUUGCUUAUUCUGGAAAUCCCGCUCCUUGGGCAGCAUAUACCCCAGCUCGUGCAGUUCCUCUUGCAAUGCGGAUCGAACCGGGGAUUCGAAGACGAUCUGCGGGUGCUGUCGCUCAACGCGCUCAACUGGACCGUGCAAUACAAAAAAUCAAAGGUGCAGGCUCACGGCCUUGCCCCUGCAAUCCUGGAAGGUUUGAUGCCGAUUUCGACUGAGCCCGAACCGGAGGACCUCGACGACGACGCACCGUCAAGGUCGGCGCUACGUAUCAUUGACUGCCUCGCGACGAGCCUACCUCCGACGCAGGUGUUCCCUGCGCUACGCACGCUCAUUCAACAAUACUUUACGUCGCCCGAUGCAAACUACCGUCGCGGCGCUAUGUUAGCGCUGGGCGUCAGCGUCGAGGGCUGCAGUGAAUUUAUGACGCCGCUGAUGCCCCAGGUGUGGCCCCUGAUCGAGGUCGGGCUGAACGACCCCGACGCGACUGUGCGUAAGGCUAGCUGCGUCGCCGUCAGUUGUCUGUGCGAGUGGCUCGAGGAGGAAUGCGCCAGCAGGCACACCGUUCUCGUUCCAACCCUCAUGCAGCUGGUCAACGACCCCGUCACCCAGCGCUCCGCGUGCACGUCGCUGGACGCUGUGCUGGAGAUCCUCGGCGACAAGAUUGAGGCGUACCUGCCCCUGAUCAUGGAGCGUCUUGUCGGGCUGCUUGAGACUGCGCCGAUCGCUGUGAAGUCGGUUGUGAUCGGUGCAAUUGGUAGCGCAGCGCACGCUUCGCACGAGAAGUUCUUGCCGUACUUCCAGCCGACGAUGGAACGCUUCAAGCACUUCCUUGUGCUCAGAGGCGAGGGCGAGGAGCAAGAGCUUCGCGGGAUCACGAUGGACGCCGUCGGUACAUUCGCAGAGGCUAUCGGGAAGGACCACUUCCGGCCGUACUUUGGGGACAUGAUGCAGCAGGCGUUCGAGGGUAUCCAGAUGGGGAGCGCGCGCCUGCGCGAGUGCAGCUUCCUGUUCUUUAGCGUGAUGUCACGAGUGUUUGAGGAUGAGUUCGCACCGUACCUGCCGAACGUUGUGCCUGCUCUUAUCCAGAGCUGCAAGCAGCAUGAGCACGGCGAGGAAGGCUUCACCGUCUCGACCUCCGAGGCCUCUAUUAACUUCGCAUCCGGCUCCUCCCCUGCUAACGCCAUCACGGUCACCGACGACGCUAAUGGUUCCAUCGAGCUUGAGGACGUUGACGUUGACAAAAUGCUCGAUGUCAACAGCACCAUUUGCAUCGAGAAAGAGAUUGCUGCCGACACCAUUGGCACCAUCUUCGCUGCAACUCGCCAACACUUCCUGCCCUACGUUGAGCAGUCCACGAUCGAGUUGAUCGCUCUACUCCCGCACUACUAUGACGGCAUCAGGAAGUCUGCAGUGGACUCUCUGUUGGAGAUCAUCAGGACAUUCUACGACCUGAGCAAUCCUGAGGAGUGGCAGCCUGGUUCUGUUCCGAGUGUCCCUCUCCAGCCCCAGGUGCAGUCACUCAUCAGCCACAUCUGGGCACCUCUAUUGGAGAUGUACGAGACUGAGGAUAACAAGAAAGUGGUGUCUGCCUUAUGUGUUGGCCUUGCGGAGACGGUCAACAAGAUCGGGCCUGCGUUCCUCGAAGGACGUGUUGAUGAGCUCGGCACGAUCGCUACGCAGAUCCUGGAUCAGAAGGCUAUCUGCCAGCAAGAUCCUGAUCAAGACGAGAACGACGAGGCUCCUGAGGACCAGGCCGAGUAUGACUCCAUGCUGAUUUCUGCCGCGGGUGAUCUUGUUGCAGCGAUUGCUAGUGCCCUCGGACCCGACUUCGCUGGGGCCUUCCCGCGAUACUUCCCGCUCAUUGCCAAGUACUACAAAAAGAGCCGCUCCCUCAGUGACCGCUCCUCUGCAAUCGGUUGCUUGUCGGAGAUCAUUGCCGGAAUAAAGUUCGCUGUUACCCCGAUGACGCAGCCGCUCCUCGAACUCUUCUUCCGUGCCCUGUCGGAUGAUGAUGCCGAGGUUCAGUGCAACUCAGCAUUUGCGAUCGGUCUCUUGAUCGAGCACUCCGAGGUGGACCUGUCGGCUCACUACCUAAAUGUUCUUGCGGCCUUGCGACCGUUGUUUGUCAUUACCGAGGAUGGACCUACGGCCAGGUUUAACGCCCGUGACAACGCAGUCGGCGCGGUCGCCCGGAUAAUCGUGAAGAAUACCGCUGCGGUGCCGCUUGACCAGGUCCUACCCGUCUUCUUCGACGCUCUGCCCCUCAAACAUGACCAUCUCGAGAACACAGCGGUGUUCAACACCAUCUUCCACCUGUUCCGGACCAACCCCCCGGUCCUCCAGCCGUACAUGGACCGCCUCCUGGCUAUCAUAGCAUACGUGAUGGACCCCAAUAACCCCGAGCAGAUCCAGUCGGAUACUCGCGCGCAACUCAUCGAACUGAUUCAAAUCCUGAACCGCGAGGACCCGAACAAGGUGCAAGCGGCGGGUCUGGGUAUCUGGGUUGCCAGCGCAUGAGAUCGGGCUGUCGAGGAAAACACAGUACUGGUAAAUCGCCAGUUGGAAUUUGGGAAUUGGUUUUGUUUCGUCGAUUAUCAGAAGUUGUAGGAUCACCAUGCCAUCGUCAGUCUCAUCUUGUUUUACUCCAGUUGCUUUCCUUCUUCUGUCCGCAUAGAUUGUCCGUCGUGUUGUCCUUGCUAAUUUGCGAGAUACCACCAGUACCUCAGUUAUAACGUCGUUGAGUUGUAUGAAUUUGAAAUGCAUGUUGCCCUUCUC